AUGAGCGAUUCGGAGAAAAAAACGAGAAUUAAUGGCUCACUGAUGCCGAGCUAUCAAAACGAAACUGUGUGUCUGCUUGGCAAUGUUAAUCAUGUGGACCCCAACGGGAAUUUUUUUCAAAUGACGACCAGCGACAAUCAGAAAGUUGUUGUCAGGAUGAAUGAGCCAAUCAAGGACAUGUUGGAUGGAUUGGUAGAAGUUAUCGGCGUUGUUACUAGGAAUGAGAUUCAAUGCACUCAAUACAUAUCUUGGAAUCAUAUGGGUCCAAAGCCAUUUGAUAUGGGUUCAUAUGAUAAGGCAAUUCAAAUUAUCCAAAGAUACAAAGAACAUUAUAUUACAAUGUGA